AUGACAACGACACAUCCGGCUGUGGUCAACAAUGGAAUUACGACAAGCUGGAUACCGUUCACGACUGCUGGCGUGUCGGUUUCCCCUGCGGCAUGCUCGUCGGAAAUCUAUCGUGUGCCUGGAAGUCAGGAUAUAAUGGCCUUUGAUCCUUUUUAUGCGAAGAAUAUCCAGAGCGGAUUGAAAUGUUUGCCAGCGGAGGUCACGCAGUCUUGGGCGCAGGGAACGACGGAGGGUGUCACGACGAGUUUGGGUGGAUUUGCAUGUCCUUCAUUAUAUACAAAAGCGGCUACGGCGAGCAUUGAUAAAAUCAGUACAAUCGUCGCCUGCUGUCCAUCAUUAUACAAUUAUCGAGCCGACAAUAAAUGCAUUUCAAUCGCUCCAGCGGGUGCAACAAUCGUUAUAAAAAGCUUAUCAGGAACUUUGGCAGGAAGACAAGCGCCUGACACGGCGUCUAACGAUGGAGGAAUUACAGUUACCGGAUUUUUAGUAUCAGGAUAUAGUUUCGCAGACGACGUUACGGCCACCCCAACAGGCUCCUCAUCAACCUCCUCCUCCCUCCCAACAGUUCAAAGCACAACCACACCCAUCGCCCUCCUACCAACCUCCACCGCCCCCCUCGCAACCUCCAGCACCUCCCCAUCCCCCUCCUCCACGCCCCUCACCCCCACCAAAUCCUCCGGCCUCAGCGUCGGCGCCAAAGUAGGCAUCACCAUCUCCGUCGUCUUCACCAUCAUCAUCCUCGCCGUCUCCAUCGCCUGCCUGCACAUCCGGCGCCGCCACAAACGAGAAGCACAAUCAAGAAUCGAAGCAGGCGUCCUCGAAAUCUCACGCGAACCACGGCAGAUAAAAAACAACCAGAAAACAUAUUACCCAGACAUGGACGGUUUGCAAGCCGUCGUCUCACCCGAAGCGCUCGCGCAAAGGGCGAGAGAGACGGAAGCAGCGAGGAAAACGAAUAGAGAGACGGUGAACGGACAUCCUGGGACGAAAGUCGUGUUUCUCGAGACAGGUCCGCAUGAGAUGGAAGUCACGAGCGUGAGGAAAUACGAGAUGGACGCCGGAGAUGUACGGCGCUCGCGGGAAACUCGUAGUCGCGAACCUGAAAUCCCAACGUCGCCGGUCUCGGAAAUCGGACCGGAGCGUACGGAGAGCAUAACCUCUGAUUUCCUGCUCGGGCAUGGGCGCGCGAAUAGUAUAUCCUCGCAACGACACGGCCGCACGAAUAGUAUCACGCCUGUGUCGAGGGAUACGAGUAUCGGGCGUAAUACGCCUGAUUUGAGGACGAGGGGUGUGAGUAUUAGUCGGAAUACUAGUUUGGGGGAUGUACGGAAUCCGGGGGAUGUGAGGAGUAAUAGUUUGGCGGGGAAUUUUGCGGAUAGGAAUAAUAGUGUUGGGGAUUUAAGAGGUAGAGGGACGCCGGAUUUAUUAGGGCGACAGACGCCUAGUUUAUUGGGGAGGGAGAGGGAUGUGAGGUUGGAUGUUCCGGGGGGGUGUAUUAGUCCGAUGUCGACUGCUGAGAGGAGCUUUCUGGAUUUAGAUGAUGAGUAG